GAACAGAGCAUUUCGAUGACACGGCAUCUGCGAUUAUCUCAGCAUAGACUGAGCAGUAGACUCUGGAAGACUCCAGAGACUCAAUUUAUGCAUCUCUCAGUCAUGCAGCAGAACCAGAAUACCUGUGGUUAUCCCCAGGUCUUCUGGACAAACAGUAGUGCACUUUCUAGCUCAGACUGUGCUCAAGUGGGACUGUACCAUUCCAAUGGAACUGUGGCACACCAGAACAUUUGCCUCCCAUUGCCUGUUCCAGAGAGGAAAAGGCAUAGACAGAACCACGGAGAUGGUACACGCCUUUGUUUCCUGGUGGUAUUCUUGCUGAUUCUACUUGCCCUCAUGGGGGUCGGGCUGGCAAUGUUUCAGAUCUUCCACCUGCAGAAGGAACUCCAAGAGUUUUCCAGCUCUGGACCUGUCCCUCCUCCAUCUCCUGAUAUGCUGAAAGGAGCUCUGAACAGAACAGCAGAAAAGAAAGUCAAGAGGCGUGCACAUUUAACAGAUGAGCCCAAAGAAUCUUUCUGGGGUCAGCUGAAUGUUGCAGUAAAUGACCCACUCUACAUAUUGAGGAUUCUACCAAAUUUGGGCAAAGCAAAUCAGCAAUCUCAUCCCCUGGAGUGGGAGACUACCUAUGGACACGCCUUCCUCUCUGGGGUUCAGUACAAGAACAGGGGUCUAGUGAUUGAUGAAGCUGGGCUGUACUUCAUUUACUCCAAAGUGUUCUUCCGAAGCCGGACCUGCACUUCCCAGCCACUUGACCACAUCGUUUUCAAGAGAAAUCCAUCUUAUCCUGACAACCAGGUCCUUAUGGAAGACAGAAUAAUGAACUAUUGUGUGACAAUGCGCAUGUGGGGCAAAAGUAGCUAUUUGGGGGCUUUGUUCAACCUUUCCAGACAGGACAGUGUGUAUGUGAGUGUCUCUGAACCCACACUCAUAAAUUCUGAGGAAUCCAAAACCUUUUUUGGCUUAUACAUGCUUUAAAAAAACAGGCACUGGCGCUUUCAUCAAGCUGGCUACAGGGACCUUCUGAGCUGUGUGUAGAACAGCUGAACUAGAACUGCUAUGGACUUGCCAUUUGCCUCUAUGGAUUUAAACAGAACAUAAUCUUUUUUCUGCUGGAUUGUUUCAAGGCCAAAGCUCUUUACAGCAUAUACUGUAUGCUAAGGACCCCAAGAAACUUUCAGCUCCAAACAGAGCCCCAAACUGAUGAUCUAGGAAGUUUCCCAUGGCUUGUGGGGCUGAGUUGUAUAAUCUUUUCUUGUAUAAGAAAAGACUUUUUGUCACUUGCACCCUGAAUCAGUUACAGUCCAGCAACCUUUCUUUUCUAAGGUUUUUUUUAUGCUGCUUAUUUUCUGAUAUUUCACUUUUGAUGCGAAGAUAUAUUUAAUUUCAUGAAGGGAAAGGGUUUUUGGCACCUGGAUUCUUUGAGGACUCACAGGCCAUUUAUUAAAUACCCCUUUAAAAAUGCUAA